AUGGCGCCCGCGCAGCGCCCGCUGCUGCCGCUGCUGCUGCUGCUGCUCCCGCUGCCGCCGCCGCCGCCCUUCGCGCGCGCCGAGGACGCCGCCCGCGCCAACUCGGACCGCUACGCCGUCUACUGGAACCGCAGCAACCCCAGGUUCCACGCGGGCGCGGCGGACGACGGCGGCGGCUACACGGUGGAGGUGAGCAUCAACGACUACCUGGACAUCUACUGCCCGCACUACGGGGCGCCGCUGCCGCCGGCCGAGCGCAUGGAGCACUACGUGCUGUACAUGGUCAACGGCGAGGGCCACGCGUCCUGCGACCACCGGCAGCGCGGCUUCAAGCGCUGGGAGUGCAACCGGCCCGCGGCGCCCGGGGGGCCGCUCAAGUUCUCCGAGAAGUUCCAGCUCUUCACGCCCUUCUCGCUGGGCUUCGAGUUCCGGCCGGGCCACGAGUACUACUACAUCUCUGCCACGCCUCCCAAUGCUGUGGACCGGCCCUGCCUGAGGCUGAAGGUUUAUGUCCGGCCGACUAACGAGACCCUGUACGAGGCCCCUGAGCCCAUCUUCACCAGCAACAACUCCUGCAGCGGCUUGGGGAGCUGCCGGCUCGUCCUUGGCGCCGUGCCCGUGCUGUGGACCCUCCUGGGCUCCUAGUCCCGGCCCGCCUGGACGGCCCGGCCUAGAGACCAGAGACAGACUCCGAUUCUCCCACGACUGGUGCUGCCCCUGCCAGGCUGGGGGCUGCCCGCCGCCCCACGACCAGCGCCGGGGGGUGUGUGGCUAAGACCCCGAGGCCUGAGAGGCCCGGUCGCUGGCCGGCGCCUGGACGGGCGGGCCCUUCUGGAGUCCCGGAGAAGCCAAGAACCUCGCAGCAGUGCUUUUCUUUUAUGGUGGAAUCCGAAACACUUGAGUUUUUAAUUUAAUUUAUUCCUUGCUGUUGCCGGUGACUUUGGGAAGGAAACAGUGGACGGGGGUUGGGGUGGUCCCUAGUCCCCUGGGGCACAGGUCUGGAGACCCCUGGUCUGGUCACUCCAUCUGUCGGGUCUGGGCUGGAGCCCACCCUGGACCGCCCCGGAGCCCUGGAACAGGCCGGUCUGAGACCGUAGGGGUGAGUGGCGACCGCCGGCAGGUCCUGGUCCAGGAACCAGACCCGCCUCAGACCCCGUCCCCUGCCCCACCCUCGCUCCUGGUGACCCCUGCCCGGAGUGGAAAUCUGGGCUGUGCCGCUGGGGGCCUCUUCAGAGUCACAGCCUCCGAGGCUUAGAACCGCUUGGGCCCCUCCCCCCGCAGCCUCACCGAGCUCGCCCCCAGGCCGAGAAGACAGGACCUUUCUGUAAAUAGACCCCGCAACCAUACUGUGACUUAUUUCUGCUGUGUUCCCGAGGACGGCCUGGAGAGUUUCUUCUUCUCUUACCCCUUCCUGGGAGGGGGCACUUCUGUUUGGCCAGGGGUGGGGGGGCCUUUUAGAGUAGAAGCCGCCUUCCCAGUAAGCUCGGUCCUCGGAGCCCCUCCCCCGGCGCUAGGAACUACGUUUAUAAGAGAAAACAGGACAACGCAGAAUGCGGGGGCCACACUCAGAAAGAGACUCCGGACCCUUUCAGGAAGCAAACGGCAUUUAUACGGAUUUCCUAUUUCUACCCGGCUUUCCUGACCUGUGUUUUCUAUAUAUCCUAUGUACCUACACCGCGCGGCCCCGGGGCGCCACCCGGCUUCUGUGCGCGGCUCCGCCGGGAGCCGGCGGCGGGGGCUUCCCCUUCCGAUACGAUCAACUUUGGAUUCUGUAUUUUUUUAUAAUAAAACGAGCAUAAACCUCAA